AUGUAGAUGAACCGCUUGUUGCUGAUGGUCAGUUGGAACGCGAUCAUCGGUGCCGGUAGUUUCUUGAGGAGCGUUCCGUCUGGUUUGUAAAGUCUCCAGUAAGCUGAGCUGGCUACGUGAGGUGCAGUGCCUGGUUUGUUCCCAGCUCCAUCAGAUGUUUAUCGCGGACCCAAACCUAGCCAAGCUCAUCCACUUCCAAGGCUAUGCCACCGAGCUGCUCCCAAUCACCGUAGCUGGUAUUCCGUCCAUGCACAUCUGUCUGGACUUCAUACCGGAACUUCUCAGCCAACCACAAACAGAUAAACAGAUUUUUGCUGUUGAACUAGUGUCCCACCUCUGUCUCCAGUUUGCUCUGCCCAAGUCUCUGAGUGUUGCCAGACUAGCCAUCAAUGUCAUGUCUACACUUCUUACAGUCCUACCCAGCGAGAGCCUGUGUCAGUUCUUCCUGCCAACACUGCCCUCAUUGGUGAGAAUAUGCCAGGCUUUCCCUCCCAUGUACGAGGACGUGACCUCGUUGUUGACCCAAAUCGGACGCAUGUGCGUGUCACGGCUAGCUGCAGUCAAUACUCCAAUGUACAGAGAGCUGGACAACAGUAGCCUGGGACUGUUUAUCUCCAAGGGGGCUCAGCCAAGACCCGAGGAGCUCAAUCUACGGAACAGCGACCGAGUCCUGCACAAGGCCGUGGAGAACACAUUCAGGGACAUUGUGAAGUUUGCUGUCAUCAACAAGAAAGUCUUCUAAUGAGAGUUGGCAUCAGUGGUGUAGUCAAGUCCUCACAAGUCAUCAUAUGUCCAAAGACAUCCAUCACAAGUCCUCCCUUGUCCAUCACAUGUGCUCAAAAGUCAACCAAAGUUCUCGCAACUCCUCACAGGUCCUCAUAAGUCAUCAAAAGCUCGCACAAGUCCCUACAAGUCCUGACAAGUUCUCACAAAUCCAUUACAAGCCCUCACAAUCUCAAGAUGAGUCAAAAUCUAUUCAGAUGAACUCUGCCAAAACUAUUUCAUUUUUAUUGUCCAACACUGUUAGUUUGGGGGUUUGUAAAAGGACUUUUGAUGGACUUGACUAAACCAGGACCUUUCAUGAGUCUUGUAAAAUAGUCUUUAUUUCCAUUCAUCAUUUUUUUUUUCAGUUCAUGAAUUGACCACAAGGUUUUUAUAAUUUGUUUUUUUUUGUUGCAAAACUUUUGUGAACCUUUGUUUUAAUGGUAAACUGAAGUCUUCACUAUUAUGAAUUAUUUAUCAAGUUACACAUAUGGGGAAAUAUAAGACGAUCACAUUUCUUUAUAUCUAUGUAUAUAAUGUACAUUUGUCAUGAGUACGCUUUCAGCACAUUUGUCUGUAAUAAAAUAUUGAUUAAAAAAAAA